AUGGCUUCUGCAUCGAACACCUUCCCCCCAAGCCAAAACAAUUCUUCCAACAACCUUCCAACAUCUAGACAUGCGUCCAUUGUAGAAAUGUUAUCUACUCCUCCGUUGUUGCCUCACGUUCAGGUGAAUGAAGCAAAUGACAAAGAACAGCCAGAUGAACUCACGCCGUCAAAUGGCGCGGGUGCACAUGGGCCAGGCUCUGCUGCUACUCCUGCCCCCUUGCGCGAUGAAAAGCCUCAAUUCAAACUGUCAGCUGUACCUAUGACGCAGACUCCAUCCCAGUGCCUAUCAUGUGUGCAUGCGCAAAAAUGGCAGCACAUCCCACUGUCGCAAUUGAUCGAACAAAACAAGCUCAUUUUUGUUCCGGGCUCUAUAUCAGUGGAGGAAGCUUUCAAUACCCUGAUCAAGUACCACCUAAACUCCAUCCCCGUAGAGUCCUUCCCUGGCGACAUGAACUGUUUUACUUUUGACUACAAUGACCUCAACUCGUACCUUUUGUUAGUUUUGAAUAAAAUUACAGUCAGCAACAAACAGCUCACUACGGAUUGCCAGAAUGGGAAGCCCGUACCGGUCGGCGAGAUGGUAAAGUUAACUCCCAAGAACCCAUUUUACAAACUACCGGAAAAUGAGAGUUUAUCCACGGUGAUGGGGAUUCUCGGGUCAGGCGUACAUCGUGUGGCCAUAACAAACGAACAGAUGACCAAGGUGAAGGGUAUAUUGUCUCAACGUCGUUUAAUCAAGUACCUCUGGGAUAACGCUAGGUCGUUCACAAGUCUGGAGCCGCUAUUGAACUCCUCGCUGCAAGAUUUACACAUCGGUGUCCUUAACAUACAAUCCAAGCCAACUUCAAGGCAGUCCCGUGUUAUUUCCAUCCAGGGUGAGGAACCCUUGAUCAUGGGUCUCUAUAAGAUGCAUGUGGAAAGGAUUUCUUCCAUUGCAGUUAUCGACAAACAAGGCAAUUUGUUGGGCAACAUAUCGGUAACUGACGUAAAACACGUCACGAGAACCUCCCAAUAUCCAUUACUUCACAAGACAUGUCGUCACUUUAUUUCUGUCAUCCUAAAUUCAAGGGGACUGGAAACUGGUAAAGAUUCCUUUCCUAUUUUUCACGUAUACCCCAGCAGUUCGCUAGCAAGAACUCUGGCUAAAUUAGUCGCCACAAAGUCUCAUAGGUUAUGGAUUGUGCAACCGCCAGAGUCGUCCAAUUCUGCAUCGUCCACAAAUUUAACUGCCUCUAACACUGCAGCUAAUGCAGCUGCUCAGUCAUCAGCUAAUAUCAGUGCCCCCGUGUCGAAGUCGUCUUCUUCAACAUCUCUCAGCUCUCACUCUCCACUAAUGACGGCAAUCGAAGAUCCGCCAUCUCCACGUUCCUCAGCCAUCGCGAUCCCACCACCAAGUCCCGCUUCCUCAACAAGCACACCAAACCUGUUUGAAAAGGAAUACAGAACAGGCAAACUGAUCGGUGUAGUUUCAUUGACAGAUAUCAUUAAUUUACUGGCAAGAAAACAAACGGCAAAUAAGGAAGUCGACCCUCAAUCCGCAAGAAGACAAAGAGGUAGCAUUGCCAUGUGA